AUGACCACGUCUGGACACAAGGAAAUUCUACCUUACGAUCUAGAAAUUGAGCGCACAUCAAGGCAACUAAAGAAGAGGAACCAAGCCUCAAAGCCAUCCACAUCAACAACUGCUGUCCAAACAGCACCUACUGAAGUUACAGCCCCCCAGGAGACAUCACCUGCUGUCAAAAAUACUGAAUUUGUUGCUGUAACACCUUCUACACAUUCUGUCCAAACUGCUGAAGCAAAGACAGCAACUGCUGUCAACCCUGCCGAAGCCCCUGCUGCAGAAUUUGAAAAAUCUGUUGCGUCCCUUGCUGCUGACCAAACACCAGCAACCUCAGAAAUUGACACAACUAAACCAGAACCUGCUGCUGUCCAAAAACCAGCUACAGCUGUGUUUGCCCAAACAGCACAGUGCCCUGCUGAAAUUACCGAAACAGCACAGCCCACUGCUGUGUUUGCCUAA